AUGCCUGCCUCCGCAAAUAUCCCGGCCAUUGCGCAAGCGCAUGUCAGCGAACGGGCCAAGAAGACACUCGACUUGGUCGAAGAGUUUGUCGAAAGAGAAUGUAUCCCCGCCGAUGCCACAUACCUAAAACAAAUCGGCGAAGGCCACGCGCAGCGAUGGAACGCGCACCCACCCAUCAUCGAAGAACUCAAGACCAAAGCCCAGAAGCUCGGGUUGUGGAAUAUGUUCUUGCCCAAGAACCAUUUCUCGGAGGGCGCUGGGUAUAGUAAUUUGGAGUAUGGGCUUAUGGCCGAGAUAUUGGGCAAGUCGAGGGUUGCUUCUGAGGCUACCAAUAAUGCUGCGCCAGAUACCGGUAAUAUGGAAGUUUUGGCCAAGUAUGGCAACGACGCCCAAAAGAAGGAGUGGUUGACCCCGUUGUUGGAGGGCAAAAUUCGCUCCGCUUUCUUGAUGACGGAGCCCAACGUGGCGUCGAGCGAUGCUACGAAUAUUCAGCUCAAUAUCCGUCGUGAGGGCAAUGAAUAUGUUCUUACCGGACAGAAAUGGUGGUCCUCCGGCGCAGGCGACCCCCGCUGCAAACUCUACCUUGUCAUGGGCAAAUCCGACCCUCAAAAUAAAGACCCCUACCGCCAACAAUCCGUCAUCAUCGUGCCCGCUGACACACCCGGCAUCACAAUUCACCGCAUGAUGCACGUCUUUGGCUACGACGACGCGCCCCACGGUCACGGCCACAUCAGUUUCAAGAACGUGCGCGUCCCCGCCUCCAACCUUGUCCUAGGUGAAGGACGCGGGUUUGAAAUCAUCCAGGGCCGUCUUGGUCCUGGGCGUAUCCACCACGCCAUGCGCGCCAUCGGCUCAGCCGAGAAGGCCCUCGAGUGGAUGAUCACUCGCAUCAACGACGAGCGCAAGACCACUUUCGGUAAACAGCUCAGUUCCCACGGCGUGAUUCUCGAAUGGCUCGCUCGCUCGCGUAUUGAGAUCGAUGCUGCGCGUCUCUUGGUGCUCAACGCAGCUAUUAAGAUCGACCAGGGCGAUGCUCGCUCUGCCCUGAAAGAAAUCGCAGAAGCGAAGGUUUUCGUACCGGCGGUUACGUUAACUGUUAUUGAUCGUGCGAUCCAGGCGUUUGGUGCUGCUGGUAUUUCGCAGGAUACGCCCUUGGCUUCUAUGUGGGCUAAUGCGCGCACGCUGAGGAUUGUCGAUGGUCCGGAUGAGGUGCAUCUGCAGCAGUUGGCGAGGAGGGAAAAUAAGACUAGAAAGGAUGAGCUGGCGGCCAAGUUGCGCUGGCAGGCUGAGAGGGCGGAUCAGUUGUUGCUUGCUAACGGAUUCGAGGCCAAGGCUAAGAUCUGA